GUAAUGUUUUCUAAUCACUAACCUACCUUUUUGCCCCAAAAAUUUUUCACACAACUUAGAAUUUCACCAUUGUGAUUUGUGAGUGAUCUAAAGAGGAAAGGAAGAAUACUCUUGGUUAGUCAUUAGGGAUUAAGAAGAUUGAAAUUUCAUAGUCAAGUUGAGAGAGAAACAUCCCAAAAUCCAUCAAUCUAAGUUUCUACCCUCCAAUUAACAGAAGAAGGAGGAGGAGGAGGAGGAGGAGGAGUACAAAUGAAGAGGCUGUUAGAGUUGGGGAAGAAAGCUAUGUUUUAUGUUAGAGUCCUUUCUGGUUACGAAGAACGCCGCAUUCGAUCUUACAGAUUGCAGCUUGAGAACCGUCUUCGAUCUGCACAAGAAAAGAAAGAGGCCACAAAAAAGAUUCCUGAACAAAUUAUACUUUCUGAAGUACGGAAAAUGGUGGAAGAAAUGCAAAACCUUAACAAAAAGCUGGAGGAUAUGGAAGCUGAUAUCAAUGAGUACUUCAAGCCAAUUGAUAAAGAUGUGGAGGCUAUUAUGGAUAUGCAGAUGGAGAAAGAUAAAGCAAAGAUGGAAAUGAUGGGUGCCAUGUAUAAACAAGCUCUACUUGAGAAAGCUGAAACACAGGCAGCUGCUGAUGCUGAUGAUUCGGACCAAGCAAAUAAAGAGACAAUGAGUUCCAUGUUUAAACAAGCUUUUGGCUCGAGAAAGCCGAGUUAGAGGUGGCCACCAAAAUGAUAACUCGAAAUUAAUUAAAAAAAAAAAAAGAAAAACAAGCUCAGAUUAAAUGAUUGUAAGAACAUUGAAGCAGAUAGUCCUAUUUGAUGAAUAACUAUUGUGUCAUUAGUAUCUUUCUGAAUUCUGAGACACGAAGAGUGUUCCAAAAUAAGUUUUGAGGUACAUAGUUUACUUGUUUUUUAAAUUAAAUGAAAUAACAAAUUCUUUUGAUUGAUC